UGUGCGUCUGUGUUUGUCUAAAAACAGUCACAAACUAGAGCCAUUGUUCCCUGUUUUGAAACCUUGCUUGCGGUAACGAAGCUCAUAUGUUAGGGAACAAUGGUGGGCAUAUCGAAUGUCAGGUGUCCCCCUUUGUCUGGAAGGACCGAAACUCCACCUUGAAAGCUUGAGCCAAAGAUUGAGGUGUUUAACUGUCCCAUAGCGGAUCCUCAGAGCAUCAGACCACCAGAAACACCUCCUGCAUCAGUUGGAUCUCGUCUGCUUCGCUGUGACUAUGGCUUCUCAAAGUCUUCAGAUCUUAGGUGUCUUCCUGGCCCUAAUUGGUUGGCUGGGUACCAUCAUCACCUGCGCCAUGCCCAUGUGGAGAGUCACAGCUUUUGUCGGGGCAAACAUCGUCACGGCCCAGGUGAUUUGGGAAGGCUUGUGGAUGACCUGUGCGGUGCAAAGCACGGGGCAGAUGCAGUGUAAAAUGUACGACUCCAUGCUGGCUCUUCCUCAAGAUACACAGGCUGCCAGAGCCAUGGUGAUCAUCUCAGUGGUUGUUGGCGUGUUUGGCGUGAUGAUGUCUGUAGUUGGUGCCAAGUGCACCAACUGCAUGGAGGACGAAGUGUCUAAAGCCAAAGCCUGCAUCGUGUCUGGAGUGAUUUUUAUAGUAGCUGCUCUGCUGAUCAUGAUUCCAGUAUCGUGGUCGGCUCACACAAUCAUCAGGGACUUCUACAACCCGCUGGUGGUUGAAGCUCAGAGAAGGGAGCUUGGCGCUGCACUGUACAUCGGUUGGGGCUCUGCUGGUCUUUUGCUGCUGGGAGGGGGCAUGCUCUGCAACAACUGUCCCCCAAAAGACGACAGACUCUUCCUGCCAGCCAAGUUUGCCCAUGCAAGAACCGCUUCUUCAAACGUGGACUAUGUGUGAGUCUAUCAGCUGCAGAGGUGUAACUUUACAAAAACAACAACACAUUUCACUGUACUGAACGUUUGGCUGACUAAAAAAAAAAAAAUCUGUUUAGUUUUUAAUUUUUUUUUCUUUUUGUAGAAAUUCUUGUUAAGUUUGUUACCAAAAAAAAAUAAAUAUUUUAAUAAUAUAAAUGAGUGCCAUUCAUGUAUGUUCUUUUUGAAUCUUGUAAUCUGAUACACACCUAGAAGUUGACACCCAGUGAUUUGCUUGCAACUAAACUCCCUUAAUGAAACUAGCUCUUAGAAAUCUUGCACAAUGCUGCAGUGAGUAGUUUUACCCACCUGUUUUUUCAGUUGAGUCAUUAUUGGUUGGCCUUCAAAAGUUUCUCUGUUUGCACAAAUGCUAAAUAUUUUCAUUGUACCGAUAAAGUAUCAGAAAAGCUAAACUCAUGUGACUGUAUCUGCUUGCUUUUUGCUGUGCUGGGUUAACCUCCCUGCAUUGAUAAUGUGAUUUAAUGUCUUGAGUAACAAGAGUUACAGCCAGUAGCAACAAUGCAGUGCUAAUGCUUGGAUACGUGUCGCCAGGGAGCAGUUUAAUAUAUGCAAAGAAUGGACAUUUACACUUUGUUCAGAAAGAGCUUUACCCAAGUCUUGACAGGACAAUGUAUCCUUUAUCACCUGACCCAUUCAUAACAGAGGCUGUGUUUGAGAAAGCUCUCAAGAGGCUGCAGAUUUCCUGGAAAACAAGAUCUUUUACAUGAGCAAGUUAUCCUUUUAUGUAUUUUUGAAAACAAAAAAUAAAAAAGUUGAUUCUAAAAAAAUGUUUGACAUGUUGACAUUUAGCUCUUAGCUCUGUUAUUUUAAGGGAAUCACUAAAAUUAGUGUACUUUUUUUGGAAUCAUAUUUAGAUUUUCAUUA